GCUGUGCCAUGGAGGAAAGCUGGAGCCGCGCGAUAAAAGGGCUGACUGAGCUCAGGGGCUUCCUCGGCCUGAGCCCCAGAGAAGAAAGUAGUCCGCAAGCAGUGGCAGCAGCUGAGGCGGCCAAUGCCGAGACGUUGCUACCAGAUGAGAAAGAAUUUCAAAAUGCUGCUAAAACUAAUAAUCUGGAUACUAUGGAAAGACUAUUUAAGAGAAAAGUUAAUAUUAAUGCUGUAAAUGAUCUGAAGCGCACUGCGCUCCAUUUUGCUGUUGCUGGAAAUCAUCUCUCUUCAGUGGACUUCCUUCUUUGUCACAAAGCUAGAGUUGAUAUAGCAGACAAGCAUGGACUCACUGCGGUUCAUCUUGCUGCUUGGUCUGGAAAUUUGGACAUAAUGCUAAUGUUGAUUAAAGCAGGUGCUGAUCAGAAAGCUAAGAACCAGGAAGGAAAGAAUGUCCUGCACUUUGCAGCUCAGAACAAUAAUGUUAGAAUAGUGCAGUAUUUUAUCCAAGACCUUCAUUUGACGGAUCUCAAUAAACCUGAUGAGAAUGGUAGAAAGCCAUUCCUUUUGGCAGCUGGAAUGGGCCAUGUGGAAAUGAUAAAUGAGCUGAUUUCCCUUAACCUAGUCACUUCAGAAAAAGACAAUCAAGGAAACACUGCAUUGCAUCUAGCUGCUAAAAAUGGCCACAGUGAGGUGGUUGAAAUUCUUCUUCAGCAGUGGGAAGAAAUAAACGAGUUAAACCAGAAUGAAGAAACACCAUUUUAUCUGGCCGUUGAAGGGGGCCAUGAAAAAUGUGCAGAACUCUUGCUGGAAGCAGGAAGUGAUAUCAAUACUUCAAACAAACAUAAUAUCAGUGCCUUGCAUAUUGCAACUGAGAAUGAACACACCUCCUUAGUCACAUUUCUUAUCAGUAAAAAUAUACAUCUUCAUCCUAAACCUGAGCAAAAGUAUUCUGCUCUCCAUUUAGCCAUCAUGAAAAAUAACCUGGCCGUGGUAAACAGUUUAAUAGAUUCUAACCAUAACAUCAAUGCUCUUGAUCAGAGACAUCAAACACCUCUACACCUGGCAGCAGACCUUGGAAAUGUGGAAGCAGUAGAAAUAUUACUGAAGGCAGGGUGUAAUCUCAACAUUAUGGACCAACAAGGAAAAACUGCACUAGCCGUGGCUUCUAGGAGCAAUCAUGCCUUGAUUGUGGAUAUGAUUAUAAAAGCUGAGAGGUAUUUCAAGUGGAAACAGGAGCAUCUCCGAAGUGGUGGUAAUCUCCCUAAUGAGACCUUGUCUUUUAAACAAGAUCACAAAGCACAGACCAAACAGAUCCGCUCCUCCCUCUGGAAUUUGUCUUACAACCAGUUAAAAAUACAGGAAUGGAAAAAAGUCGCACAGUUCUGGCAGUUUACAGAUGACCAAAUCAAAGCUAUUGAAGAACAGUGGACAGGGAAAAAAGGCUACAAGGAACAUGGUCAUAGAAUGUUUCUGAUCUGGUUGCAUGGUGUCCUAUUGGCUGGUCAGAAUCCAGUUAAACAUUUAUAUGAAGAUCUGAGGAGAGGAGGAUUCCAACAACUAGCUGAGAAGAUCCGAGCAGAGAAUAAUGCUGGCAUAGAAUCCAAGAAAUGUACAAUCCUAUGAACUCACUCAUGGAAAAGAACUUGAUGGCAUGUUAUAGAAUAAUUUGAAAAUGCAACAAUUUUCUAGUAGUUCAAACACUAUUCUUCAAAAUGUACUGAACUUUAAUUUUAUAUAUAUUUGUGGUACAAAAAGAAUUGAUUAAAAGAUCCAAUUAUUUUAGGCCAGAUAAAUACAGAAUGUUUUGUCUCUGCUCAAUAAGUUUCUCUGAUGAGUAACUUCAUGUUAGACAUGUGAAUUACAUUACAUUAUUUGUGUUAGAUAUGGAACAGAUACUUUGGAAGUGAAGCUAAACUUUGUGGAUAGCUAGUAUCACCUUUAUGGUAGGCAGCUACAUCAAGCUGUUUUAGAUUUGUCCAAUAUUUAGUGCCUUAAGAAAUGUAAGUUAUGUUUUCCCAGUACAAUUCCUUGCAUAAGCAGUUUGUUCCUGUAUAAAUGUUUUUAAAUGGGGAAAUUUCCCCUUGAAUAAAUUGUGCUUAUAUA